CAGGUUUAUCUGGUCUCCCUGCAGUUACAGGCAGCUGGGGGGGGAGGGGGGUUGUCUGCGGGUCCUUUAAAAGCCCCUGCCUGGGCUGGCUGGGCGCUUUAGAGAGUGUUGGACGUGGGAGAGCUGCCGCCUCCAAAGCAGUAAACCAGCUCCUCUGUUUAUUUGUUUGCUUUGCCCUUAGUUCCACCACUCCAAAACUACCCACCAACGACCUUGGACCUGUCCACCCCAGGUGAAUCCAGACCAUCUGGCUGGGUCCCCCCCGAUUUGGGCCGACUUUGCGCCUCCAAACAACCUUAGCAUGAUGUCUUAUCUUAAGCAACCGCCUUAUGCAGUCAAUGGGCUGAGUCUGACCACUUCGGGCAUGGACUUGCUGCACCCCUCCGUGGGCUACCCGGCCACCCCCCGGAAACAGCGGCGGGAGAGGACGACCUUCACCCGGGCGCAGCUGGAUGUGCUGGAGGCGCUGUUUGCCAAGACCCGGUACCCAGACAUCUUCAUGCGUGAGGAGGUGGCAUUGAAAAUCAACUUGCCAGAAUCCAGGGUGCAGGUGUGGUUUAAGAAUCGAAGAGCUAAGUGCCGCCAGCAACAGCAGCAACAGCAGAAUGGAGGUCAAAACAAAGUGAGACCUGCCAAAAAGAAGACUUCUCCAGCCAGGGAAGUGAGUUCAGAGAGUGGAACGAGUGGCCAGUUCACUCCCUCCUCUAGCACAUCAGUCCCGGCCAUUGCCAGCAGCAGUGCUCCCGUGUCCAUCUGGAGCCCAGCCUCCAUCUCCCCACUGUCAGACCCCUUGUCCACCUCCUCCUCCUGCAUGCAGAGGUCCUAUCCCAUGACCUACACUCAGGCUUCAGGUUAUAGUCAAGGAUACGCUGGCUCAACUUCCUACUUUGGGGGCAUGGACUGUGGAUCUUAUUUGACCCCAAUGCACCACCAGCUUCCUGGACCAGGGGCCACACUCAGUCCCAUGGGUACCAAUGCAGUCACCAGCCAUCUCAAUCAGUCCCCAGCUUCUCUUUCCACCCAGGGAUAUGGAGCGUCAAGCUUGGGUUUUAACUCAACUACUGAUUGCUUGGAUUAUAAGGACCAAACUGCCUCCUGGAAGCUUAACUUCAAUGCUGACUGCUUGGAUUAUAAAGACCAGACAUCUUCGUGGAAAUUUCAGGUUUUGUGAAGACCUGUAGAACCUCUUUUUGUGGGCGAUUUUUAAAUAUACUGGGCUGGACAUUCCAGUUUUAGCCAGGCAUUGGUUAAAAGCGUUAGAUGGGAUGACGCUCAGACUCCUCUGAUCAAAGUUCUGGGAGGCAUAGAAGGAAAAGUGAAAGGCCUUAGGGGGGCCUAUCAACCAUCCACCUGAAAUGGACAAACCAAUCUACUUAAGAUCCUGUCAUAGUUUUAGAUCAUUGGUUUUCCUGAUUUGCAAAGUGAUCGAUCCAAUGCAUUCUAGCCAUGUGUGACCAAACACCACCAAAAAUAAAAAACAGACAAAACUAAGUUGUGAGGAAGGGAGGGAAGCAAGGUCAUGGCCUUCAUAAGCAGAGGUGAUCCAAUGUUUUAGCCAAUCCUUGGUUGAAUCUUAGGAAUGAACAGUGUCUGGAGCUCAUUCACGUUUCAUGACCAACUGGUAGUUGGCACUGAAAAACUUUUCAGGGCUGUGUGAAUUGUGUGACUGAUUGUCCUAGAUGCACUACUUUAUUUAAAAAAUAAUGUUCAUAAGGAUUCAAUAUGUAGUUUAAGAGACAAUCAGUGUGUGUCUUAUACAAAUGGUACAUCUGUGGUUCUUAAUCUGUGCUAGACUUCAAAACUGUGAUCUCCUGUUAUUGUAUGCAACCUUGAGCCCCGCCUCUGCAGGGGCCCUUCUGUGAUUAAAUAGGUUAUAAUUAUAAGCAAAAUUCAGAGCAACUGAAUGAGUACAGAUCUAAAAAGAUUACCUUUGGCUGGAGGGGAGCUGCACUGAAACUUUACGACAGAAUGUCUCUGGACAAGGAGACUAAGAAGACAGACAAAAGGACACUAAUUCAUCUGUAAUUUACUGCUGGUAAGCCUAGCAGUAAAGAGACACUGGUCCCUGGCUCUGACCCCGAUGAAUUUUUAAACUGAGAUCAUUGUUGUUUAUGCUUGCAGAUGUUAACUGGAAAAGUUAUAUAUGCAUAAACCUUUUCUUCCUGGAUUUGGCAGAUAUGUAUAAUUAUAUUAAAAUGGUUCUAGCACAA